CAAAAAGGAACUUUUGGUACAACUAUCGUAAGUGUAACGACGAUGAYCAUGUGACACUUUUAAGACGGCAUUCACCACGGUAUUGUUCACAAAACCCUUUCUUCUUGUACAUUCUUUCAUGGCUUCCAUUGCAGUGAUAGGUUCGUUUGAGGCGUUUUAGACCAAAAGCAUUCGAAGGACACGGGAACAAACACAAACACGGAAUCAUCGAUGAGCGACCCGGUUUCCGAGCAAUACGACUCGUGCGGACUCCCMGAGAAGAUUGUCGGCACAGAGAACGACAGCGAAGAGGCGGAAUCCCUCGAGUUCGAAAAGUUGGAAUUGAUGGAGUGCGAGGACGGUGCCACCAAAGAGAUUGAUAUGCCCACCACCCCCUCCCAGAAGAAAGAUCCCAAUAGUUCUGAUGGGGAAGGAACGGAAGGCGCCGAACAAGAGCACGGCACUUCAUUUCUCGAGCAAGGGGAAGACGCCUUUGGUGGCGACGACGGUAGGAAUGAGAAAAAAGACGACGACGACAAUGACGACGCCGAAGAAGAAGAAUACAACGACGAUUACAGUCCGGAAGCCGACGAUCGCAAGCCAGCGGCCAAGCAACCUCCGAACCGCAAACGCUCCAAGAAAAACCCUGGCGACGACGACGGUUGCAGUCCUCGUCGCAACACAAAGGGCACCAGGACCUCGAGGCGCACCAGGAACAAGAUCCCCAAAUACUUUGACGACGAGGACGACGAGGACGCGGAAGAAUUCUCGGAGGAGGGAGCGGGGGAAGAUCCAUGCGACUCCAAGCCCCCGGCCGCCGGUGCCUCGGCAUCGAACGGCGGGGAGGAUUCGGCCGAAGAGGAAGCUUCCGCGGAGGAGAAUGCAACCGAAGAGGAGUACAAGAGCAACUCCGAGGCCCAAGACGAGGCCCAAGACAAGGGAAAGAAGCGCAAGGCAGACUUCCAAUCGCCGGACAAGACGACCGAUCGCGUCGAGAAAUCCUCGGAAACCUCCCAGAGCUCCGAUAUUGAAGACGGCAGUGAAGAACCAGCUGUCGACAACGAUGACGUUGUGAAAUCUCCCAAGAAGAAGAAGAAGAAGAAACAUGCCGAUCAAGAGGAUGCGAAGGCUUUCACGAAUCCCAAGAAGAAGAUCGAUGGAGAAAGUGUGAAAGAAGAGGAUGAGGAAGCUUCCAUGAACGUCAAGAAAGACAACGUCAAGAAUGACAACGUCAAGAAAGAGAAGAGAUCCUCCGAAAGAAAAACUCGGAAGAGUCAUGCUCCCAAUGAUCGCAUGAGAGACCUAUUGGAGAGAAAAAAGACGUGGACGAAAAAGAAGGAGACCAAGCUUCUCACCGUGAAGGACGUCAGAAAGGCCUACGAAACCGAAGGAACCAACAAAGAUGAUGCCCUCCUCUCUAUGUUAAUGGCGUACUACAUCGCUGGCGUCAAAGCUGUAACCUUCGAUAAGCUCUUUGAAGGCCUCGGACAUCGCCCGAAGAACAAGGCUAUCGAAAAAGCCUGGAAGGAAGUUAGGGCUGAAAAUCUGGUCGAGGAGGCACCCGCCACCGCGGGAGGAGGCUCCAAGAAGGCUAAAAAAGUCUUUCGUCUGACCCAGAAGGGAUUUGAUCGGGCUGCUCCUGAAGGCUACGAGGAGGAAACGCUCAGUCCUGCAAAAACGAGCGACGAGCUGCACGAUAUUAUCAAGGGAAAUGCCAAAAACAAUUAUUCCAUUCUUGUAUUUGAAAUCCUGUUGGAAAAGAAAGACGAAGGAGUGAGCUUAACGACAAGGGAACUGGCAGACGAGUGUGGAGUAGAUAAAGAUUCCCAUGGGUUUUUUUAUGGUUUUAAGUGGCUGAAGGAUAAUGGGUAUGCCGUUUCCGAUGGUCGUCGGAAAAAUGCGAAGUACAGCCUCUCUGAAAAAUGCUUUGUCGAUUGAGCUUCAAUAUCUUGGCUGCUUAUACGACAUGUUGCCUUGUGUUACGUGAUAAGGACAACAUGUAUCAAUAAAACACGAUGUACUUU